AUGCCGCUCUAUGGUUUGCCGGUCGAGCAUAUCAAGACUUCACCGCCUGGCAACACACCCUCUGAUACGUCGCUAUCACGGCUGCUGGGACAUGCAGUGUCUCUACUUCGAGAACGACUGGAAGGCAAGCCAGACUUCCGAGGGAGCGAGGGACUGCGGCCAGAUACCCGACGGCAGCCAACGGAGAUAAAUGGACGUCCAUCACAUGACUUUGCGAGAUCCAAAUCACGUGGGCCACGCACCAACGUGACCAUGACGUCACCGCUUCUGUGCGCAGUCACGAAGCACGACACGCGAUGCAGCGCGACGCAGCGCGACGCAAAUCCGACGUCCACGUGGCCUCGAGCGCUGCUUUCCGUCCAAGGGCGCCAGUGUUCCCGUCUGCGGCUGCGUCUGCGGCUACGCCGUGUCGCGUCUGUGCCGCGUCGCGUCGCGUCGCGUCGCAUGAACGUCGCAACGUGGCAAAGGGAACUUACAACAACGAGAAAAAAAAUGGGUGGCCCGCACGUGACCGCGCCGCUACCGGGCCUAUGCGCGGAGCACCCAUCCACCCUGCUUUUUUUAUCACCGGCACGACUGUUCCAGAACGCGUGGCCCGCCGCCCCUCCUCAGAACGCGACGCACAACGCGUGCUGCGAAACUGUUUACUACAAGCGCUGCACAGGCCAGCGGCGCUGA